AUGGCAGCAUCAACGCCCAAUCCUGUAGUAUUCUUCGACAUCAUCCUGGGCGGCGAGCCCUUGGGCCGAAUCAAGAUGGAGCUUUUCCAGGAUGUUGUACCAAAGACGGCUGAAAACUUCCGUCAAUAUUGCACUGGCGAGACGAAGAACCAUCUAGGACACCCUCAAGGCUACAAAGGAUGCAAAUUCCACCGUGUGGUGAGAGGCGACUUCCUCAAUGGCGAUGGCACUGGCUCGGCUUCAAUUUACGGUACCAAAGCCUUUGCUGACGAGAACUUCAACCUGAGACACGAUGUUGCUGGCUUGCUGUCCAUGGCUUUCUUUAUCACUACUGUGCCGCUGCCUCAUCUCAACGGAAAGCAUGUCGUCUUUGGAAAGAUUGUCGACGGCAUGGAUGUUGUUAAAAAGAUCGAGAACGUCAGAACUAACGUGACGGACAAACCCAUCCAAGAUGUUGCCAUCGCUCAAUGCGGAGAGAUGUAG